GCCACCGCGGCCGGCAGGGGCGGGCGCGGCGCCGCCGAAGCGAGGGCCCCGGAGCCAGCGCCGCGCCCGCAGGGUCACCCCCUGUCACCCUCCCCCCCCAUGGCCACCCCCCUGGCCACGCUGCUGCGAGCGGCGGGGCGAGCCCUCCUGGGCCGGGCCCCGCAGCUGCCGGGGGCCCAGCGGAGCCUUAGCGGCGGCGGGGCCUGCCGGGGGCCCGUGCGGCCCGGCCUUCCCGUGCCCCUCUCGUCGCCCCUGGCAGGGCUCACCCGGGCCUUCCGCAUCAGGGAGCCCCCCAAGCCCAAGCAGGUGGAUCGCUGGACGGAAAAACGGGCCUUGUUCGGCCUCUACGACAACGUGGGGAUCCUGGGUGGCUUCCAGAUCCACCCGAAGAGUCUCAUUGUAGGGCCCCGGUGGCUGCGGGGCUGGCGGGGGAACGAGCUGCAGCGGUGCCUCCGCAAGAAGCGGAUGGUGGGAGACCGGAUGUUUGUCGAUGACCUGCACAAGCUCAACAAGAGGAUCCGGUACUUGUACCGGCGCUUCAAUCGCACCGGCCAGCACCGCUAGGGGCGAGGAUGGCUUUGGCUCCUGCAGCGCGGCGGUUUUUGUGGCGUCGUGGUCAGAAUAAAGCCAGCUUUCGUACA